AAAGGCAUUAUGAUGUCUCAUAGCUGUAGAGGCCAGCCAACAGCUGUGGCCUUCCUCCCUCUGCCUGCUCGACAUCCGCAGCUGCAGCGCUAAUGAGAGGGAGCAGCUCAACAUCCCGAGCAAGGUCAUCUGCCAUACAAUUUCCAGCACCUUCCACGUCAUUCUGGGUGGCACAUGGCGAGCGGUGCCAAGGAAAGCAGGGAGGAGAACGGCUCUGCUGCAAGGGCAGGGCAGUGGAAGGCAGCCGUGGGCUCGGAGUGCCCCAUCUGCCUGGGAGCCGUGAAGAAGCCGGCCUUUGUGGCCUACUGCAUGCACCAGUUCUGCUUUAGGUGCAUCCGACACUGGGCCCAAGGCAGGGAGGACUGCCCCGUGUGCCGGCAGUCCCUGGAGCAGGUCCUGCACUCUGUGCGAGGUGACGACGACUACGAGCUGUUCGUGGUGGGCCUGCCCGCCCGCCUGCGCAGGCGGAUGGCCAUGGACAGGGCCCGCAGCCGCCGCCCGCAGCGCCGCUACGACCUGCGCAGGAGGCUGGCCACCAACCCGCCCACGGCUGGCCAGAGCGAGCCCGCAGCCACUGGGAGCUCCCCGGGGCAGGGCUCUGCUCCGAGGCCCUCCAGGAUCCCAGGCCAGCCCGCUCCUGCGACCUGCACUUCUCGGGAGCCAUCGCGCAGGACUGGCCCUGGUGCUCCUCCGGAUACACACAGUGCCACAGAGUAGCUGUAGCCCCUCUGCCCUUUGCAAUGAACAGUUUGGUAAAUGGAAAGAAAUGGUGACUGUGGCCUCUCUCUCUCCUCCGGCCCAGAAAUCCAGACUUCUUGACGUGUUGAGCAAAGCUGUAGAUAUCAAUCUUAAUAAAUUCAGGUAGUUGUCCUACAGAGAGAGAGGUGAAGCAGCAUACCCCUGAAAAAACUUCUUAAUAAACUAUAAAAUACCCACAUUCAAUAUUAAUGCCAUUAAGAUAAGAGAAAAUAGAAGAUGUCUAUUCCAACCUUGCUUUAUACAUAGCAUAAAUAAAAAAAAACCCCAUUUGCUCUUUUGCAGUAUUUAGGGCAUUUUGUCCUUUUAAAAACUGAAUCAGAAUGUCAAGGAAAAACACAUUACCAUAAAAA